GGUGGCCGUAUCUGUUGCCUGGGUGAAUUCAUUAACGCGUUAGCAUCCAGCUAGCUAGCCACUGCCUUAACCUAACGUGACUACGGGGAUUACACAGAAAAUCACGAAUGUCAGCUCUGGUUUGUGGUGGACGGUGCUCCACGGGAAGCUGUAGGAAAUACCGGGGUCGGUAACGGGCCGAUACACCGCGUCCAGAGAAUAAGACGGACAUAAAAGGUUCCGCAAUGGAUUUGAUGUGAGAGCUAGCGGGCUAGCUUCUCAGAAACACAGCAGAGUCCGUGCUACAUGGAUGUCUGAUUCCCACUGAGGUGUCUCACAUCAUGAAAACACUGCUGGAGGAGGACCGCUACUAGACCCAUACGAUAAUGGAGUCUUUCCUGCAGAUAGCUCCCCACUCCCUGGCCAUAGUGCUGUCCAGGGUCGGUGGUGGGGAGGCGGUGGGGGUGGCCGGGGUGUCGGAGAGCGACGAGCUGCCGAGGCACCACACUGGUUACGAGAUUUUUGCCGAUUUCAAAGCCGAGAAUACGCAGCAGCAUGUGUGGAACCAACGGAUUACCGAGGCUGUGUCCGAGACAUUCUUCCUGGGCUGGAUAGACGAGCACGUCCUGCUGAUCCAGGGGAAGGAGGACCAUCUGGAGGUGCUCAGGGAAGGAUGGAUGCGGAGGUCCCUCAAUCCGCCCCGAGGAUUCACCAUCAAGUACCUAGGUGAUGUGUCACCCAUCAGUAUGUCCCCCAUCAGCCAAUCGCAGUUCAUCCCGUUGGGAGAGGUACUGCUAUUGGCUAUCUCUGCUAUGAACUCCGCUCAUAAGCCAGUUACUCAGGAGGCUCUCACUGAACACCUGCAGACAUGUUUUCCAGGUGUUCCUACACCAACCGAGGAGGUUCUGCACCACACGCUAACGAUGCUGGUGCGUGAGCGGAAGAUCUACCCAACAUCAGACGGAUAUUUUAUUGUAACUCCUCAGACUUACUUUAUCACUCCCAGCUUAAUCCGAACCAGCUCUAAGUGGUAUCACUUAGAAGAGAGAUCUGUUGACCGACACCAGCAGCAGCAACAACAACAUCAGAACCAACAGCAGCAUCAACAGACUCAGUGCACCUCCCCUCUCUCUGGUACCAUUACUCCGUCCACCUCUGGAGGUGUGCGAGAUAGAACACACCCAAAGUCCAGCCAAAACCACAGUGGGGGUGGUGGAGAUUCUUUUCAUAAUAACACUUAUCGUGGAGACGACCCACCGAGCCACCACACUACCUUACAGCGCCGAUCCCCCAAAGACCACCGGGAAGCGUACUCGUCCCCGCACUCCCCACAAACACCUCCCCAACAAACGGGAGGUAGCACAGAAAAGAGCCGCAGCACCCUUGGUUUCGCUUUCAAGACGGACACACUAACUAAGCACCGAGGAGGGGGAGGCAGUGGGGGAGGAGGAGGAGGAACAGAGGCCGAGAAACCAGCCAGUGUAGGAAGUGGUAUAAGCAGCAGAAAGUUUGGUUUAAAGCUGUUCCGUCUGAGCUUUAAAAGGGACAAGACCAAGCAAUUGGCCACCUUCUCUGCACAGUUCCCCCCUGAGGAGUGGCCGCUCCACGAUGAGGAAACACCAAGCCAGCUACCACGUCAGGUAGAGAUGGAGAUCAUCCGCAGAAUCAACCCUGACCUUACUGUGGAGAACCUUGCCCGGCACACAGCGGUCAUGAAGCGUCUUGAAGAAGAGCGAGCCCAGAGGAGCAAAGCCUCGUCAGCCAAUCAGAGCUCCAGGAGUAGGAGAAGUGGAGGUAGACACAGAAAACAGUCCCAGACCAAACUUAACCGCUCACAUAGCAAGACAAGGGUGUCCCGUGGUGAGCCAAGUGAUGGUUCCCACCUUGAGUUGGCUGACAGGGACUAUAGAGCUUACUCUUCAUCACUGGCUCGGUCACCAAGGGAACAUGCUCUGGCCAUGGAGCGCCAGAGGGCACGACUUCACCUAGCACACAGCAACCCCAAUAUUCUUGAAUCCUCCCAUCUACCUGUCACCCCAGAAUGGGAUGUGUCUGGAGAGCUUGCCAAGCGACGUACAGAAAUGCCUUUCCCUGAGCCAAGCCAUGGCCCAUCAGCCCACCACUCCAAAGUUCACCGCUCACACUCUCACACACAGGAGAGAAAGUCCAGAAAUGAACGCAGUGACAAGGCUAAGGAACGUUCCAGGUCCAUGGACAAUUCUAAAGGACCACUCGGAGCAGGGUUGACUGGACCACCAGAUUAUUAUGAUGACAGGAGCCGUUACUAUACAGAUGAUGGCACCCUGCGAGCCAAUCAGAGCUCUUCUCACUACUCUCGUGCAACACCCCCUUCAGCUAAGCUUCCAGGGGAUUCUUCUCUGGGGUUGGAUGGUGGCAGGAGCUCAGAGAAGAACAGGAGCAGGGACAGCCUGCCUGCAUACUCGCCCAAACCACUGCCCACUUCUGUCCGUCCUGAUGAUUACUUCCAGUGCUCUGGUUCCUCUGAGGCUGUUCUCACAGCAACAAACUCACUGGGAACUAUAGGCAAAAGUAGUCAUGAUGGGUUAAAGGUAGGCAAUACUGAAAGACAAACAGACAGACAAACACCCCAUCCUCAAGAGCUUAAGGAGGACUUAAAGUUGGGACCUAAAGGGAGCAGCCUGCCCCCGAUACCUCUCAUUGUCCCUGACCCUCCUCUUCCCAAUGGACGACCACCCCAUAGUGUCUCCUCUGUUCAGGAGAAACGUAAGGAGAUAUUUAGCAAAGACACUCUCUUCAAACCUCCACCUAGCCUACCUUUGCCUGGCUACAGCUCACUGAGAAAACCCCCGGCUCUUGCCACAUCUAUUCUGUCCAUGUCCUGCGAUGCACUUGAUUCCCAGGAGGCCUUUGAUGCUCCCAAACCUCUAGUGGCCACGCCCUCUGCCCCACCACAGGGGACUGAACCCACUACUAGUGCUGCAGAGGUGUCCUUUGACUACUACAACGUCUCAGAUGACGAUGAACUUGAGGAAAGUGGAACUAAAACUCGAGGAGAGGACGAGAAAACUCGAGGAGGUGGUGUUGGGAGAGGAGGGGGUGGAGCAGGCACCAUGCAGUGGCUGCUGGAGAGAGAGAAGGAGAGGGACCUUCAGAGGCGGUUUGAACGAACCCUCACCUUCCCUGGUGCUAAAGAGAACCUUCCAGAAACUAAUCAAAACCAGCAGUCAGCCCACUCUGCUAGACUGGACAGUAUGGACUCCAGCUCUGUGACGGUUGACAGUGGGUUUAAUUCACCACGGACAAGGGAGAGUCUAGCGUCUAACACUUCUUCAAUAGUGGAGAGUAACCGUCGACAAAACCUGGCACUGAGCCCCGGACACCUUGGCAUCACAACUGGCAACGGUCCCCCCUUCACCUUCCGUACCAUCACAGAACCUGCCGGCACCCAACCAGAAAAACUCCAGAAGCCCAACGCCUGCCUUGCAUCAAUCACCAGCGUCUAGGGGCUGAAGAAGGGGUUGGGUGGGAGGCUGAGAGCCAAUGGACAGGGGCCAGAAAAUAUAAUGUUACAAGGACUGUUACAACUUUACCCUGACAAAAUGACUGAACAAGUGGAGCUGUGACAGGUCCACUGUCCCACCCCCACCCCUCCCUCCACAUACACUCACACAAACACCAGGCCACUGGGCAGAUUCUUUACCAUGUCAUUGUACAGCCUCUAGUUUACACACUACUGUUGUGUUGUUCCACUUGUGUGGGUUUUAUUUGAUUUUUUUUGUGUGCAAGUGUGUGUGUGUGUGUGAUCUGUAAUCUCAGGUUAUGUUAUUUCCACUCUCCCAUUCCAGCUGCUCCGCAUCACUACAUCUCUCUCAAGCAUGUGUCCUGGUGUGCACACUAAAGAGAUGUAGCUUUGUUUACUUCUUUUACGGAUGGUACGCACACUCUCACUGAUCCAGCUUCCUAUUAGCUCUUUUCUAACAGGUACCACUGACAGACACCCUGUAAAUUGUAGGGACGGGAAUUAACGUUCACUGAAAUACCUCUGACCAGCCCCCAGAAUGCAACAGAGUGAGCUGGGUUAGACAGUCACAUGAGGAACUUGCCACUAGGGCUGUUUUGCCUUCACUAGAAUGAAUGUGAGGAGUUCUUCUGAUGGAUACCGUACUGCCCGCUCUGUAAACACUGUUUCUAGUCGAGUAGCAGGUUCAAUUUAUUUGAUUUCUGACUGUUUAAAUCUGCAUUUUCUUGCCCUUUUGUUUUACUGCUCAUGUCCACUGGCUGCAAGUGCAUUAUAUUUCAGCAUUGCUUCGGCUGCCAGAAACAAUUCUCUUCCAUUUAAGCCAGUGCCACUAAAAAAAUUUAAACUAUUUUAACAAGCAAAUAAGGUUUUAUUGACGUCUCAGGUUUAAAUUUGGUGGUACAGUUACACAAAGACAUAACCGUCUUAAAUGAAUGCAUUAUUAUUACAAUAGGUCAAUUAAAUAAUCCUAAAAAUCAGUGACGUGAAGUCAAGCCAGGUAGUGUUUGCCCAGUUAAAUCUUAUUGAGGUCUUCAAUCUGAUCUCAAAGCACAGUUUUGUUCCUUUGGAAUCUGAUGUUGCCUGCAUGUAUUAAUGUUUAAUUUACUGCCAUCUAGUGGCAGCGGUGGGUAAUUGUCUCUGGAAGUUAUUUUACAUAUCUUCAAGCUGCUUUCAUGUGUGGGACUGUUCUGUUUACAAAAACAGAGCAGAGCUGGUUUUGGAGAUUUAAAGCUGGGAUCUGUGAUGUGUGUGUGUGUGUGUGUGUGUGCUAUAGACAGUGGGCUUUUGUGAAAACUGUAGUUGUGCAUUAGAAAGUUACUUGAACAGUGUUCUGAAGUAAGUUUGAGAGUUUAAGAAGUUUUGUUAGAGAAUGUUAUCACACUCAUAAAGCUGAAAGUCCAGUAUGUUAAAAGUCACUGCUACAUUAUUUACAUUACUUUAUCCUCCACAAUAUAAGAAAGUUCGAUUGUCCACCAUUUAAGAAACUAUUACAUUUAAGAAAAUUCUAUGAAUUUGAACAAAAAAAAGAAACAUCCUUGACUCAGCAUAUGUCAUCUCAAAAUGUUUAAAUAUUUAAUCUAGAGAUAUAUACAAUAUUAUUACUGCCUGAAUAGUAAUUUGCCCCAAAUUGGUGUAGUUCAGUGUAAGUAUGGAAAUCAUUAACCGUCAAUUAAUUUCCAUUAGGAAUUGAAGUGAUUGAGAAUUGAUUUGUUUGUUUUUGUCUGUGUCAUUUCUCUGGACCAAAGCACUCUGUAAUUAGCAACAGAAGAGGUCCACAUGCCAGGAAGUGAAGGUUGAGUCAGAGGACAGUGUGGCUACAGCCAUGAUUGUUGCUGCUUGUGGAUUACUACGUUUCAAAUGCAUCUGAUAAAACAAACACACCACAUGUACUCAGGUUAUUAGUUAUUUAAUACCUCUGUAUCACACUGACAUCCGUGUCAUCACAGAGACUUUACAUAGUUUUGAGGGAGAUGGCUUAUUGAUUAUUCAAAACAAAUGUGUGCACUAGAGUUCUGGUAGCUGACGUCAUGCAAUCAUCAUCAUGCAAAGCGAGUAGAAGACAGACAACACGUGUAGUGUUUUUACACUUCUCGUGUUAAAGUGUGUGUAAGUAAAGCCUUACCUGACAUUUAGAAAACUUGAAUUCUGUUUGACAAACUUAGGGUUAAGUUAAGUUUCCCCUUAACUGUCAACUGGGAUGUUGACAGCAAAACUACACUAAUUAACGUCAGUAUCUUGUUCAUUUUACAUGCUUUUAUUGCCAUGUUUAAGCAAUCUCUGGAGUAGAAUGAGGGAAAGUUUCUAAGAACAGGUCUGGAAUGAUGUCUGUGUUUAUACUCGUGCACCUGGGCGUAUUGUAAGGAUCAAAUGGUUCUGUGAUAUAAUGUUCAAACUCCUUGGAUUUAAAGUGUGCAGUGACCUCUUAAAGCUCAUUCUUCAGGAGCUUUUCCUGUACAAACAGUCAUGCGACGUCCAGAUGUCUGUCUAUGCAGCCAGUGAAAAGAUGAUAGUAGAAAUGUUUUGACUGACAUGCUCUUCAGCUUCUACAUUUCACUCUACCUGAAGGUUUUUGGUAAUGGUGGAUGAGAGCAGAGUAUGUGUGGACUCACGAGGAAACAUUGAAACAUAAUGUAUCAGCAGCUUCUGGUUACUUAUCCUAGUCAUGUUCUGUGGCGACCUAUUGCUUGUGAAGUGAACGUGAUGCAGCUUCAACCAGUGGACAUGCUUUUUUAUCUAAAUAAAAUCACUUGGGCAUUUAAAGCA